UAACGCUUACGUACAUAUACAAGACCAAAGGCUUAAUUAAACGUUUGUACAUGUUUUUUACAGCCAAUGGAGGGUGGAGUCAUUGGGGAAGGUUUGGUGAUUGUUCCGUGACGUGUGGUCAUGGAACCAUGAUUAGAACACGGACAUGUACACAUCCUGCGCCUGCACACGGUGGAGCUGAUUGCGUGGGCUCUCCAACUCAACAAUAUAGAUGUGUAAAGACCCAUUACUGUCCAACCAAUGGAGGGUGGAGUCAUUGGGGAAGUUUUGGUGAUUGUUCCGUGACGUGUGGUCAUGGAACCAUGAUUAGAACACGGACAUGUACACAUCCUGCGCCUGCGCACGGUGGAGCUGAUUGCAUGGGCUCUCCCACCGACUGUAACAAAUGUGUAAAGACCCAUUACUGUCCAAUUGAUGGAGGUUGGAGUGGGUGGAGUGCAUUUGGCCAUUGUUCAGUAACGUGUGGAAAUGGUUACAAAACCAGAACGAGGUCAUGCUCAAAUCCUGCGCCUGAUCAUGACGGAGCUGAUUGUCACGGUGAUGCCCUUAACACGCACAUCUGCAGAGAGCAUCAUUGUCCAAUCAAUGGUGGUUGGAGCGCUUGGAACAUUUGGAGUAAAUGUUCUGUUACGUGUGGGACAGGAACGAUAUACAGAUCUAGAACGUGCACACACCCUGCACCUGAGCACGGAGGCGUUAAUUGUGUCGGACAACCAACUGAGUAUAAAGAAUGCGUAUUUCACCAUACGCGUCAUUGUCCAGUGGACGGUGGCUGGAGUCAGUGGAGCACGUCGAGUCUGUGUACAGCGACUUGUGGUGGAGGGACACGGAUCAGAACGCGCACAUGUACUCAGCCUCGUCCUGAGUAUGGCGGAGAUCAAUGUAUGGGAUUCCCUAACGAAACGCUGAGAUGUGCCCAACAGGAUUGUCCAGUGGAUGGACAGUGGAGCGCGUGGAGUCGGUACAGUGACUGCACAACAACAUGUGGAGUUGGAACAAAAACACGAUAUAGGUCAUGUUCAAACCCUGCACCACUGAACGGAGGAAAGUUUUGUUCCGGACUUAAAUCAGAGAUUGACCAGUGUAACAUUGCACCAUGCCCAGUGGACGGAGGCUGGGGUAGCUGGAGUAGUUACAGUCGCUGUUCUGUGACAUGUGGUGUAGGAAUACAGCAAAAGCAAAGAACCUGCACAGAACCUGCACCUGCUCAUGGUGGCACUUCGUGUGUCGGCGAAUCUGUAGUCAGUAGAAAUUGUACACAAGUUGAUUGUCCAGUUGACGGUCAUUGGGGUGAAUGGAGCUUAUUUGGAUCCUGUAGUACAACAUGUGGAAACGGAAUACAAACACGUCACAGGAACUGUUCACAACCAGCGCCAUCUAGAGGAGGAAUGCCAUGUACUGGGGAUAGCACAGAAGCUGUACAUUGUCAAAUAAAACAGUGUCCUGCGCCCACCACAAAUAAGUGGGUGACGCUACCUUCAGAACGAGCCACAGUACCAACAACAACUAAGUGGGUGACGCUACCUUUGGAUCACACCAGACAGUUUGUAACUAUCAAGAAAAAGAGAAGUUAUCAACAUUUGAACUUGGAAUCUGGUAAUCUGAAAUAAAUGUUUUAAAAA